GGGUUAGGGUUUCAUUGAAUCAGCAAACUGCAAAGAAGAAACUUCAGCAAUGGCCGCCAAGAAGACUGCCCGGAAUCCGGAGCUGAUUCGUGGAGUGGGAAAAUUUUCCCGUUCCAAGAUGUACCACAAGAAGGGUCUUUGGGCCAUUAAGAAGAAGAACGGCGGCGCUUUACCCGUUCACUCAAAAAAGCCCGCCGUAGCUCCGGCGGCCGAGAAAGCCCCAAAAUUCUACCCCGCCGAUGACGUGAAGAAACCCCUUGUUAACAAACACAAACCAAAACCCACAAAGCUUAGGUCAAGUAUUACACCCGGUACUGUUUUGAUUAUCCUUGCUGGAAGGUUUAAGGGUAAAAGAGUUGUGUUUUUGAAGCAGCUUGUUUCUGGUUUGCUUCUUGUUACUGGUCCAUUUAAGUUUAAUGGAGUUCCUUUAAGGCGUGUGAAUCAAGCUUAUGUUAUUGGUACCUCGACAAAGGUGGAUAUUUCUGGAGUGAGUGUUGAUAAGAUUGAUGAUAAGUACUUUGCUAAACAAGCUGAGAAGAAGCAGAAGAAGGGAGAAGGAGAGUUUUUUGAAGAAAAGAAAGAGGAGAAGAAUGUGCUUCCUCAGGAGAAGAAGGAUGACCAGAAGGCUGUUGAUGCAGCAUUGAUCAAGGCCAUCGAGGCUGUUCCUGAAUUGAAGGGUUACUUGUCUGCAAGGUUCUCGCUCAAGUCGGGCAUGAAACCCCAUGAGCUUGUCUUUUAGACCAGAUAAUUAAACUACUUUUGAUGAAAUUGAUUUUGUUAGAUCUAUUUUGUUUUAUGUUCUGUUUUGAACCUGCGUUUAGUCUUUGUAUUGAAGAUUUUGUUGGUUAUAAACAUCUUAAGUUGAAAUAUGCAAUAUGAGAUUUGCUC